AUGCGACGAGAACAGAUCCACGCAUGUCCAUCCUGGCGGAAUGUCUAUCCCCGUAAUGAUUGCGUGUUUGUCAACACCAAUUCAGACCUUGAAGGGAUGAAAGGGCUUGAAGUUGCCAGAGUCAGAUGUUUUUUUUCCUUUAGAUAUAAUUGGGCCGCCACGUAUCCAUGCGCUCUUGUUCAUUGGUUCGAUAAGGUCGGUGACUCUGCCGACAAGGAUACUGGCAUGUGGAUAGUCCAUCCAAGUGUUCGUGACGAUGGCACCCCAAACCUUGCUGUUAUUCAUAUUGACACCAUUUACCGUGCAGCGCACUUAAUCCCUGUCUACGGUCCCGAUUUCAUUCCUAAGGACAUUGAGUAUUUUCAUUCUUAUGAUGCUUUCCGCUUAUUCUAUGUCAAUAAAUACGCCGAUCACCAUGUGUUCGAGAUAGCGUCUUGA